AUGAGAGUUAUUUGCUCAUUCUGUUCUGCAAAUAAGUGGCCAGGAGAACCCGCUGGAAUGUGCUGUUCAGGUGGAACAGUCAAAUUACCUGCUUUGGAGGAUCCCCCACAACCACUGCAGGAGCUUCUUGAGGGAACAACUCCUGAAUCAAGACACUUCCUACGCAACAUAAGAAAGUAUAACUGUGCGUUUCAAAUUACUUCUUUUGGUGCGAAUAUCAUCCGAGAGGAUGGAUUCAUGCCUACAUUCAAAGUUCAGAGUCAGGUUUACCACAGGAUAGGACCUCUUCAACGUGAUGCAUUCCAAGAGCCUCAGUGUCUUCAACUAUAUUUCGUUUGCAGCUACUAA